AGUGAUUAUGUGAUUAAUCAUCUUCAACUAUUUCACAAGUAUUAUAUGACUUCAUUUGCCAAUAUAUGCCCCAAAAGAACUCCUAACAGUCACUCUUGCCAAGUGCCACAUAUUAGGCUACCCUCCAUACUUAUAGUUGAUUCUUAAUUUCACUACAUUAUCAUGUUUUUCUCUUCUUUAUUGUCAACUUCUCCCCUUACUUUCUUACAAAUCUUGAUUCUAUGUAUAGCUGGUGUUCAUUUUGUCAACACAACUCCAGCCAAGAUUGGUCAAGGUUACAAGUUGAUCUCCAUAGAAAAGACACCUGAUGGAGGCCUUAUAGGACACCUCCAAGUUAAAGAGGAGAACAAUAUUUAUGGGCCAGACAUUCCUCAUUUGCAGCUCUAUGUUAAGCAUGAGACAGAUGAACGUUUGAGAAUUCAUAUAACUGAUGCAGAAGAACAAAGAUGGGAAGUUCCUUACAACUUAUUACCAAGAGAAACACCCCCAUCAUUGAAACAAACUAUUGGUAGGUCAAGAAAGAACCUUUUGCCACUAGCAACAUCAGAUUAUUCAGGAAAUGAGUUAAUAUUCAGCUAUACAAAUGACCCUUUUAGUUUUUCUGUUAAAAGAAAAUCAAAUGGACAGAACCUUUUCAAUUCCAGCUCUGAUGAUUCAGACCCAUAUAGCAAUUUGGUAUUUAAAGACCAAUAUCUUGAAGUAUCCACAAAAUUGCCUAAAAAUGCUUCUUUAUAUGGCCUAGGAGAAAGCACACAGCCCCAUGGGAUAAGACUAUACCCUAAUGAUCCUUACACUUUGUACACAACUGAUGUAUCAGCUCUUAAUCUGAAUAUUGAUUUGUAUGGGUCUCAUCCUAUGUAUAUGGAUUUGAGGAAUGUGAAUGGAAAGGCAAGUGCUCAUGCAGUUUUGUUGCUAAAUAGCAAUGGAAUGGAUGUGUUUUACAGAGGAGAUUCUUUAACAUACAAAGUGAUUGGGGGCGUUUUUGACUUUUACUUCUUUGCUGGUCCUACACCUCUUGCUGUUGUUGAUCAGUAUACUUCCUUCAUAGGCAGGCCUGCUCCAAUGCCUUAUUGGUCUUUUGGAUUCCAUCAAUGCAGAUGGGGUUACCACAAUUUAUCUGUAGUUGAGGAUGUUGUCGAGAACUACCAGAAAGCCAAGAUCCCUCUUGACGUGAUCUGGAACGACGAUGAUCACAUGGAUGGGAAAAAGGAUUUCACUCUCAACCCUGUCAACUACCCUCGUCCGAAGUUAUUAUCAUUCUUGGACAAAAUUCAUGCACGAGGCAUGAAGUACAUUGUCAUCGUAGAUCCUGGAAUCGGAGUUAAUAGUAGUUAUGGUGUUUACCAGAGAGGUAUAGCCAAUGAUGUCUUUAUCAAAUAUGAAGGCAAGCCUUAUUUAGCUCAAGUCUGGCCUGGUGCUGUUAACUUUCCUGAUUUUCUCAACCCGAAAACUGUUGAGUGGUGGGGCGACGAAAUUAGGCGAUUCCAUGAACUUGUUCCUGUUGAUGGACUCUGGAUUGACAUGAAUGAAGUUUCCAACUUUUGUUCUGGUUUGUGCACAAUCCCUGAAAACAGGAUAUGUCCUAAUGGUACUGGUCCUGGUUGGAUUUGUUGCUUAGAUUGCAAGAACAUAACGAAUACUAAAUGGGACGAUCCGCCUUAUAAGAUAAAUGCUUCUGGAAUACAAGCACCAAUUGGCUACAAAACAAUAGCCACUAGUGCAGUUCAUUAUAAUGGAGUUAGAGAAUAUGACGCUCAUAGCAUUUAUGGUUUUUCUCAGUCUAUUGCAACUCAUAAGGCUCUCCAGGGACUCCAGGGCAAGCGCCCGUUUAUAUUGUCUCGUUCCACGUUUGUUGGUUCAGGACAUUAUGCUGCACAUUGGACUGGGGAUAACAAAGCAACUUGGGAUGAUUUGAGAUAUUCAAUAUCUACAAUGUUAAAUUUUGGCUUAUUUGGUGUUCCGAUGGUUGGUUCAGAUAUAUGUGGAUUCUAUCCAGCACCUACAGAGGAGCUUUGCAACCGUUGGAUUGAAGUUGGCGCGUUCUAUCCUUUCUCAAGGGAUCACGCGAACUACUACUCCCCUAGACAAGAACUUUACCAAUGGGAGAGUGUGGCUGAAUCUGCUCGAAAUGCUUUAGGAAUGAGAUAUAAGUUACUUCCAUAUUUCUACACUUUGAACUAUGAGGCACAUACUACUGGUGCGCCAAUUGCUCGCCCACUCUUCUUCUCUUUCCCAAAUUUACCUCAGCUUUACGACGUGAGCACACAAUUCUUGAUAGGAAGCAGUGUCAUGGUCUCACCCGUGCUAGACGAGGGUAAAACUGAGGUGAAAGCUUUGUUUCCUCCAGGCACUUGGUACAAUAUAUUCGAUAUGACACAGGCCAUUGUCACAACAGAACCACACUAUGUAAAACUAGAUGCACCUCUAAAUGUGGUCAAUGUACAUUUGUACCAAAACGCCAUAGUACCAAUGCAGCGCGGUGGAAUGAUAUCAAAAGAAGCAAGAAUGACACCUUUUACCCUCAUAGUAACCUUUCCAUCAGGUACUAAAGAUCUACAAGCUAAAGGAAAUCUUUUCCUCGACGAUGAUGAGCUUCCAGAGAUGAAAUCAGGGAAUGGACACUCAACAUAUAUUGAUUUCUAUGCAACAGCAAGUAAUGGAACAGUGAAGUUGUGGUCAGAAGUUCAAGAAGGUAAGUUUGCAUUGGAUGAAGGAUGGUUCAUUGAGAAGGUUAUGGUAUUAGGUACAAAUGGCAUUGAUGGAGCUUUUGAAAUUAACGUCGAUGGACAACCAUUAAAAGGCACUUCAAGAGUGCAGUUUAUCACAGCAGAACACAAGUACAUAGACAAUUCGGACGAUGGAGGAGAUAAGAGAAAGAGUAUGAUGAUGGAUAUUCAUGGACUGGAAUUACCUUUAGGGAAGAACUUUGUUAUGUCCUGGAAAAUGUGAAACUUAGCUUGAGAACACUGUAAUUCUAAUGUGUGGACAAAUUGCCUAUGCCCUAAAAAUUGGAUUCCUCACAAUCUUUACUCUUA